AUAGCGCGCAUGCGCACGGCUCACUCAGUCCGCUUGCGUUGGGUUGGUUACAGGGAACCGCCGCUCGAUGGCUUCCCCGUUGCAGCCCGGAGAGUUGAGCGGGAGGGACGCUUCCGGUGGAGUGGCGGCUGCAUGACAGGCAGGGCGGAGAGAACUCUUCAUUAUUCUUUGGGUGCUGAAUUCACUUCCUCCCCCUGUUUCGUCUCGCUAUUGAGCACCAGUCGGAGCAAAUCUAAGGAGGCGAUUGUGCACCAGCUCAUCCGCUAUGUAGAAGCCCACGUGGGGGAAGUGUGUAUAUGUGUGCGUGUCCAUUCUUUGCCCAGAGAUGUCUGCUCUUUCCAAUUAUGCCUUGCGGAUGGCCCGCCUGAGUGCCCGGAUAUUUGGAGAAGUUGUCAGGCCAACAGACAAUAAGUCCAUGAAAGUAGUGAAGCUGUUCAGCGAGCAGCCCCUCGCCAAACAGAAGGAGGUCUACGAUUGGUAUCCCCCUCACAACACCUACUUCGCCCUCAUGAAGAAACUCCGCUUCUUUGGCCUUUACAGAGAUGAACAUCAAGAUUUUAAGGAAGAGAUGAGACGGCUGAAAAAGCUCCGUGGUAAAGGAAAACCCAAGAAAGGAGAAGGAAAGAGAGCUACCAAGAAGAAAUAGAGCUACUUUGGAAAUGCAACAGACUACUUUGGAAAUGUCAGAGUAAAAGCAACCCUAUCCCUUUCUUCCCAGCCAGAGGUGGCUUUGCAUGCAGCUGAGUUCCUGGCUGCAGUGGGGAAGGGGUGUAAGCAGUCUGUCAGAUAUUAAACUCUGAAUUGAACUCUGUUUUUACUAGGCCUCUUUGAGCACUCAGGUUUUUGGGGGAUGAUUUUUUUUUCCACCAGUGACUGUAUGUAUGGGAAUCAUUCAGUAUGUUCCAGCACCCAUGAUGAUGAUUAUUUGGGUUUCAAUUGCUAUUGGAGCCCUUUUCUACCUGAGUCAGCAAUAAAAAAACAGUCUACAUUUUUGGUAUUCACA